UCUCAGUCAGAAUAAUAGAUUUGACCGUAACAUUUCGGACAUAUUAGUAUUUCAAAAUUUGGACUAAAAAUUAAAUUAUGGAAACAUGUCCGUUAAGCCGCCACUGAAAUUUGGCUGUGCCCGACUGACUCUGGCUCACAAAACCCUUCAGCUGCAUGGGAUAUUGGCUAGAAGGGCCAAUUCGCUGUCGAAACUGGGCAUACUCGGAAUAAAUCCUGGCCAAGGGCGGCGUAAGAUACCCGGCUCGUCUAGGAACAAAGACCGAUAUAAGGGCAAAUGGAAUUUUCAUUUGGAUGUAGAGCGUUCUAGGGAUGCGGUAAGAGAUCGACAAAUGUCGUUGCCUCUGAUGGUAUAUCUAUACAGUCCCUGGAAAAUGAUGGGCACCAAGUUUAAUCUAUGGAAGCUGAAAAUACUAUGGGAUUGGGAUUUUAACGAAGCAUUCUUUGUUGACAAUGCCAAACAGGCGCUAGUGCUCGUAACCAGGUUCAUAGUCGAGAAGCGCAAUUCCUAUAUCAAACGUUGCUCCACGCCAAUGGGAUACAAGCAAAUCAGCCAUGAUCUCCUCAGGAUAAAGAAAGAUCAGUCCGGAAACUUACCACACGAGCUGAUGCGUUUUGAGAAACGUCAUAUUCGACGCGCUAUCCCCUUAAAGGUACAGCGAUUGGAGCACUAUGAUCAUAAGUUUGCCUUUAUAGACAUGAUAUUCUUGGCGUGCCGACGCACCAAUGACUUUACAUCCAGAGUGGAAAUGGAUCAGAUCAAUAAACUGGUUGAGCAGCAUGCAGACGCCAGUAAAUUAUUUGUCCCAAAUCCCAUUAUAUUUGCCGAGGUAUUUGUGCGCUUCCGAAGAGAUUAUUCGUUACCACCCACUGUGCGUGCCGGCCACUGGCUGAUAUCCACAUAUAAAGUAGUGCACUUGGAUCUGCUCAAUUUUCAUCCUGACUUCCAUGUUGGCAGUGGCGUCAGUGACGACUUUAAAGCCGUUGAUCCACUACCUCAAAACGCAACUCAGACAUAAAUUUAAACACGACGUGUGAGCCCCUCCAGUGUGUAAAUUAUUAUUUGCCUAGAAGCUGGAAGACGUUUAUAAUCUGCACGAUAAUGAGCAUUAAGCCAUGCUCAAAACGCCAGGUGGCGCCAGUCGAAUAAACAGCAAAGUCGUGUAAGAGGGAGAAGUAAAAGAAAGAAACUAAAGUGCAAGAUGUGUUGCUUCACUUAGCCCAGGCAUCCACCUCUGGCGAACUAUGUUGUCCUGUUGAUGAGCCGGCGACGAAGCUCAUGAAUUUCUAAUGUUAAAUGCACCAGGAGGGAGGGGCAGGGCGACAGAGAGAUUUUAUAUGAACUUGAGUGAUGGCCAUGGACAGCUC